AUGGAGGAGGGUGGACUACUCGAUACUCAUAAUGAUAUUCCCGACACCUUUCGUGAGCAGCUUUAUAAGGAGGAAAAUCAGCGACUCGAAAAGAAGAAAAGCUCGAAUAACUCUUCAAGCUAUUCAACGUGUCCUCCGAUCAAUAUCAACAACAAUAUUCUGCCGGUGGCGUCAUCUCAUAUACCAUUAUCCACUUCGCCUACCUAUAAAGGUGUGCUUGCUAAACGUAACUUUAUUAAACCAAUCACGAUUCACGGGUUCCUUAAUGUGGCUGUGAACGAAUAUACGGAAUGGCAGCAGUCACGGGUAACCAACGAGACAUUCAGGGAUAACAUCAACAAAGCACACAAUGUGACCCUUGAGAACUGUCUCGAUCUUAUGCAGAUUUAUGAGGACCAAGACUCAAGUUUCUUCGUUACGCAUAGUGUGAAGAUAGGAGCUGCCCGACGGUUCGUAGGUGACAUCGGCCUUUAA